CAAGGCCCUAAAGCUCUGAACGCCUUGGAGUUGUAGGCAAUAGGCAUCCAUUUUUAAUGAUAAAUUAAAGGAGAGAAUAUCGCCUAAAGCCCCCAUCUUGUGAAGUUGCAAUGGCAAGUUUACAGUGGGUUCAGUUAGCGUCUACGGUCUAUCCAUCGGCUCAGCUCCAGCAAAGUUCCCGUUAGACAUUUUCAACCCAGAAAUGGUUGCUUUCAGGAUCUUCACGAUGGCAGUGAGCCACCAGUACAUGAAAUGGAAACCCCAUCAAGUGAAUCAAUCGUCGGUAAGUUUGAUUAUCUCUCGGAGUUUCACAUUCAGUUCCCGCACAUGGCAAUACCAGAGUGUCAGAACUCUGAUUUUGGAGUCUGUCUCUUCUGAAUCAGUCCGGCUGAACAGACUCUCCGGCUCCGAUUCCGGAAUUGUUGAGGUUAGGUUGGAGAGGCCAGGCGCUAAAAAUGCGAUUGGGAAAGACAUGUUGAGAGGCUUACAGGAGACCUUUGAAGCAAUUGAAAGGGAUCCCUCUGCUAAUGUUGUGAUGAUUUGCAGUUCAGUUCCAAGGGUGUUCUGUGCAGGGGCUGAUCUGAAGGAGCGCAAGACAAUGAAUCCCUCUGAGGCUCGUUCUUUUGUCAACUCACUUCGCUCUACGUUCUCAGCUUUAGAGGCACUUCGUCUUCCUACUAUUGCUGUUAUUGAAGGAGCAGCAUUGGGUGGAGGACUAGAAAUGGCUCUGUCAUGUGAUCUUCGAAUAUGUGGAGAAGAAGCAAUAUUGGGCUUGCCAGAAACGGGACUUGCAAUAAUCCCUGGGGCAGGUGGGACACAACGACUUCCUAGAUUGGUUGGAAAAGCGGUAGCAAAGGAACUUAUAUUCACCGGCCGAAAGAUUUGUGGCAGAGACGCAAUGUCCAUGGGUCUUGUUAAUUACUGCGUUCCUACUGGUGAAGCUCAUCAAAAGGGACUUGAAAUAGCUCAAGAUAUAAAUCAGAAGGGUCCAAUAGCAAUAAGGAUGGCAAAAAGAGCUAUUAAUGAGGGACUUGAGAUAGACAUGCCAUCAGCUUUGGAAUUGGAAGAAGAUUGCUAUGAACAGCUACUGAACACAAAAGAUCGCUUAGAAGGCUUAGCAGCAUUUGCUGAGAAGCGGAAGCCAAGGUAUACUGGUGAGUAAAACAAAAAGAAUUUUGUUAAUACUCUACAUCUGUACGAGUUGGUUUCUCUGGGCUUCGUGUUCUCAUCAGUUAGUGCUGGGAAACACUUGUGUUAGACAUACUUCGAUUUCUGUAAAAUAAAAGCCAA